AUGUCAUCAAACACAGCUGAAACUGUGAAAAGAGCCAGAGAACUGAUGGAAUUGGGAGUUUACCCUAUGAUCCUCAUGUCUCAAAUGGCUACACUUAUUAUGUACAUUAUUGUUGGAACAUAUCAAGUAAUUGAAGCUAGUGCUGACUCAUUGUUUGAUGGUAGAAGCUCCUCGGAAUCCAUACGAGACACUGGAGCAGUUGCAAGUUCUCGGGUUGCUGAAAUUGGGCUUGAUAUUCUAGCACAAACAAUCCAGGAUGAUUUAGAUAACAUAACUCAUUUUCUAAUACUAGCAAGAGAACCUAUAAUCCCAGGAAUUGACAAGCCCUAUAAGACGAGCGUUGUGUUUACAUUAGAAGAAGACCCUAGGGUCUUGUUCAAUGCUUCAGCUGUGUUUUCUCUAAGGGAGAUCAACUUAUCAAAAGUAACCUUCUCAACAACAACAUUCUACUUAAGCAGGUGAGUAAUCAAGAUUAAGGGAGACUUGUAAUCAUGUUUGGC